UGGAAGUUGGAUUAGAUACGAGUUUGUUUUCAUUUUGCAUUCCUUGUGUGGAGUUAACAAAUACAUACUGACUGAACUAAAUAGGCUACCAAACUCUAAUUCGACUGAAAAUGUCUAAACUACAGUUGUUGCGUGUGUUUUUAAAUGAUCGUUUAACGGCGGCUGCUGUGGAGAUUUUUGGGGCAGUUGAGAAAACGGUAGGAGAGUACCAGGAGGAGAAUGAUCGGCUACGGCGACUGCUGCGGAUCACACCGGAGACACAACUAUGUGGAAUAGACUCCCUGCAGCUCUCUGUCUCUGAAGAGGAGGUUCCCCCUGAGCAGCAGCACUGUGAGCAGGAGUGGAGCCCCAGUCUGGAGCAGGAGGACCCAGAGACCAAACAGAUUAAAGAGGAACAGGAGGAAGUCAGGACCAGUCAGGAGGAAGAGCAGCUUCAAGGUCUGGAGCCUGAUAUCAUAGAUUUAGAUUUCACUCCUCCCUGUGUGAAAAGUGAAUGUGAUCUGGAGGACCCACUUUGGUCCUUGACUCUUCCUCAAACCAAGACUGAGGAAAACAGAGAGAGUGACUCUAAACCAGUGGAUCUCAAACCUUUUGGCACUGUGACCCACCUAAAGGGUCUCUACAUUCCCUGUGACCCUCCAGAUAAUCAAAGCAAUGCCUCCAGACGCAGCUCAGCCGUAAUCAGCAACCCAGUAGGACUUGACAGCAGGUCACCAUUGGGUCCCAGCCCACCAUUGGGUCCCAGCCCACCAUUGGAUCCCAGCCCACCAUUGGUUCCCAGCCCACCAUUGGAUCCCAGUCCACCAUUGGAAGAACACUGUUCCAAACUCGGCACCACGUCUAGAAGAACUCACCACUGCCAUGACUGUGGUAAAACAUUUGCUCUGAAUGCUGACCUGCAGAGGCAUGUGACUCUCACCAAGAAGAGACUCAGUGAAUGCCGCUUCUGCAAUAAACACUACAACUCCACCUGUAAACUGAAGGCCCAUGUCCGACUCUGUCACGGUGGUAAACCCAGCACCUGCCCUGUUUGUGGAAAGAUCUUCAAAUACAAAGGAGUUCUGCCCAAGCACAUGAGGAUUCACCAAGGAGAGAAAUCUUUAAGCCGUGGUGACUGUGAGAAAAGCUUCAGUCACAAGGGCGCCCUAAAUCUAUAUGAACUGACUCACACUGGGGAGAAACCAUUUAGCUGUGGUGACUGUGAGAAAAGCUUCAAUCUCAAGAAUAAUCUAACCAGGCAUAAACUGAUUCACACAGGAGAGAAACCAUUUAGCUGUGGUGACUGUGGGAAAAGCUUCAGUCUCAAGAAUAACCUAACCAGGCAUAAACUGAUUCACACAAGAGAGAAACCAUUUAGCUGUGGUGUCUGUGGAAAAAGCUUUAGUCAGAAAGGGGACCUAGGAAGGCACAAACUGACUCACACAGAUGAUAAACCAUUUAGCUGUGAUGACUGCGGGAAAAACUUCAGACAGAAAGGGGACCUAAGGAGACACAAACUGACUCACACAGGCGAGAAACCUUUUAGCUGUGGUGACUGUGGGAAAAGUUUCAAUCAGAAGGGGGACCUAAGUAGGCACAGACAGACUCACACAGGAGAGAAACAACAUGGCUGCUCAGUCUGUGGUAAAAGAUUCAUUCGUAAGGCUCAUCUGCUGAAGCAUGUGAAUAACGUCCACAAAGAAAGAAAACGGGAUGAAAACAAGAACAACGAAAAUUAGGAUUAAAAUCUAGUUAGGACAAAGAGGAUAUGCGGGUUAGCAGAUGGGAAUUUAAAAGGCAGGAUGUGGACACUUAGAAAAACAAAGCAACUCUGGAUUAUUGACGCUGUGGUUUUUCAAAUAAAUGAAUGUGUGAUGGAUUUACCUUUUGUGAAACGUUUUAUACGAAUAAAGUUUAAUUUGAACGAUGAGGUUCUAAGAGUAGCAUCCCAGUAUUAUGGGAAUCUCACAGAUCUGAGGGAUGUACUACAAAGCAGGAGUUCACCAGCUAACAUGCCUAAAUAUUCUAUCAUUUAAAAAUAUAUAUUUUUUUUAGACAGAUCUUGAAAUGGGCAUGGUCUAAUUGAUUCAACAAACAAAAAAAAACACAAAUUUAGAUUUUUUUCUAAAAUGAACCAGAAUUUCUGUGAACCAUGAACCAGUUAUUUCUGGUUGCUUAUCAAAGAUCAAUAGCUAAAUCCUUGAUUCUGCUUUGUAGUAGACCCUUCUGCUAUUACAUGUUAGUCAUUUAGCAGACGCUCUUAUGCAGAACGACUUACAGGAGCAAUUAGGGUUAAGUGCCUUGCUCAAAGGGCAUUUCAACAGAUUUUUCACCUUGUUGGCUCUGGGAUUUGAACCAGCGACCUUUCGGUUACUGGUCCAACCCCCUUAACAGCUAGGCUACCUGCCGAUCCUGUCUAAAGUCUGUUGAUGUUUUCAUUGUUUUGGAAUGUCUCUCAGGGUGGAGAGAAUUAUCUGACUGAUGUUAUUGAUACCUAAAAAAAAAAAAAUGUAUGUCAAAAAAUCUUCAUCCAUUUGUCCUAGUGUAUUUAUAAUAAAUGUUGACAAUGCAUCUUA